GUAGUGCAAGUUAACAUAUGCAUGUGCCCUGAUACGCGGACGACGGGUCUGAUGCUCGCGUGCAUACAUGCUUUGCGAAUGCAGGUCACCGUGAAGCCCGCGGGCUCGGCGGUGGAGGUCGAGCUGGUGGCGACCAACGCCGGCGGCGCGCUCGCGCUGCACUGGGGCGCCCUGCAGCAGGGGAAAAGGGAAUGGGUGCUGCCGGCCCGGAGGCCGGAGGGGACAAGGGCGGUCGACGACGCCGCCCUCAGGACUCCCUUCAAAAGCUCUGGUUCCAAUUCUACACUGAAAAUCGAGAUUGAUGAUCCAGCUCUCCAAUCAAUCGAGUUUGUUCUCGUCGAUGAGGCACAGAACAAAUGGUCAGUGUGGCAUUCAAGAUCGUCAUCCAGUUUUACAUCUUUAUCCAUGUGUAUGAUUCCAACAAACCUACUUGCCUCUUCAUUGAACAGGUUCAAAAAUAACGGCGAGAACUUCCUAAUCCAUAUACGACCAGGCCACCAUCAGGGACAACAUUCUGCUCCUGCAGCAACAAACCAAAACUUCUCAUCUGAAAAGAUCACACGCAAAAACAGAGAUGUCAUGCAGCUCCUCAGUAAACACACAUCCAGUUCCACCGACGUAAGUAAGGCAACAGAAGCUACUCCAGAUCGGAAUCCCACGGUUCUUGAUCUCUUCCUGAAGUCAUUACAAGAGAACAAUGGUUGCCAAGUCCUCUGCAAAAAGGUCUUCAAACUGGGCGAAAAGGAGAUCUUGGCAUCGAUGUCAGAAGUACAAGGAAAGUUCAAAGUUCACUUGGCCACAAAUCACGCCGAGCCACUUAUUCUCCACUGGGCACUAGCAAAGAAGGCUGGAGAGUGGAAGGCACCUCCUCCAGGCGUAGCACCUGCUGGUUCAACAUUGCUUGAACUGGCAUGUGAGAGUUCAUUCUCUGAUGCUGAACUAGAUGGUUUGCAUUACCAGGUUCUGGAGAUAGAGCUUGAUGCCGACAGCUAUAAGGGGAUGCCAUUUGUCCUCCGGUCUAAUGAAACAUGGAUAAAGAACAACACCUCUGACUUUUACCUUGAUUUUAGCAGAACUGCCAAGACUUCAGAGCAGAAGGAUAGUAGUGAUGCUGGUAAAGGGACUGCAAAGGCUUUGCUAGAAACAAUAGCCGAUCUAGAGGGAGAGGCCCAAAAAUCUUUUAUGCAUAGAUUCAAUAUAGCAUCCGACCUAGUUGAACAAGCAAAAGAUGUGGGACAAUUGGGUCUUGCUGGACUACUGGUUUGGAUGAGAUUCAUGGCCACGAGGCAACUUAUCUGGAACAAGAAUUAUAAUGUGAAGCCACGUGAGAUUAGCCAAGCACAAGAUAGGUUCACAGACAAUCUUGAAAGUCUCUACAGAACAUAUCCACAGUACAGGGAGAUGCUAAGAAUGAUAUUGGCCGCAGUAGGUCGUGGAGGUCAGGGUGAUGUCGGUCAACGUAUUCGUGAUGAGAUUUUGGUAAUACAGAGAAACAAUAACUGCAUGGGUGGAAUGAUGGAAGAAUGGCAUCAAAAACUACACAACAAUACAAGCCCAGACGAUGUGGUGAUUUGCCAGGCACUGAUGGACUAUAUGAACAGUGAGCUUGACAUCAAAGUUUAUUGGGAUACUUUAAACAAAAAUGGUAUAACAAAGGAAAGAUUAGCAAGCUACGACCACCCUAUUCACUCAGAGCCAAAUUUAACGAGGGAGCAGAAGGAGGGUCUACUACGCGACUUAACAAACUACAUGAGAAGCCUCAAGGCUGUUCACUCCGGUGCUGAUCUAGAAUCUGCUAUAGGAACCUGUACAGGGUACACGUCAGAGAGUCAGGGUUUCAUGGUUGGUGUCGAAGUGAAUCCUGUAAAGGGAUUACCAUCUGGAUUUUCUGAAUUGCUUAAGUUUGUCCUUGACCACAUUGAGGAUAAAUCAGUGGAAUCACUUGUUGAGGGUCUCUUGGAGGCAAGAGCUGCGCUUCGCCCUUUGCUCCUAGGCUCAACGGAUCGCUUGAAGGAUCUCAUAUUUUUGGACAUUGCUCUUGAUUCUACUGUUAGGACAGCAGUUGAAAGGUCAUAUGAAAAUCUGAACAAUGCAUCACCUCAGAAACUCAUGUACUUCAUCAGUCUAGUUGUUGAAAAUCUUGCGUUGUCCACUGAUGACAAUGAGGAUCUCCUAUACUGCUUAAAGGGAUGGAACCAUGCCCUUGAAAUGUCAAACAAAUCUGAUAAUCAGUGGGCAUUGUAUGCAAAAGCAUUUCUAGACAGAACUAGACUUGCACUUGCAACCAAGGGAGAAGAAUACCAUAAUAUUCUUCAGCCUUCAGCAGAAUACCUUGGUUCGUUACUUGGAAUUGAGCAAUGGACACUUAACAUAUUUACGGAGGAAAUUAUCCGUAGUGGAUCAGCCGCUUCAUUGUCCUUACUCCUCAAUCGUCUCGACCCUGUUCUUAGGAACGUUGCAAACCUAGGAAGUUGGCAGAUCAUAAGCCCAGUUGAAGUAGCGGGGUAUGUGGUUGCCGUAGACCAACUGCUCACUGUUCAAGACAAAUCUUAUGACAAACCCACAGUUUUGGUGGUAAAAGGUGUCAAGGGAGAGGAGGAAAUACCUGACGGCGUUGUCGCCGUCCUUACUCCAGAUAUGCCCGAUGUAUUGUCCCAUGUCUCAGUUCGAGCAAGGAAUAGCAAGGUAUUGUUUGCCACAUGCUUUGACCCAAAUAUCUUCUCUGAACUUCAACAAAAUGAAGGCAAGGUACUUUCACUAAAGCCAGGUUCUGUAGAUAUAAACUACAGAGAGAUUGCAGAGAAUGAACUAGUUUCAAGUUCCCCUGAUACAGCAGAUGGUCAAUCAGCACCAUCUCUGUCACUAGUGAAGAAGCAAUUUGUUGGAAAAUAUGCAAUAUCUGCUGACGAAUUCUCUGAUGAAAAGGUCGGAGCUAAAUCUCGGAAUAUAGCUUACCUCAACGGAAAGGUGCCAUCAUGGGUCAGUGUCCCAACGUCAGUUGCACUCCCAUUUGGAACCUUCGAAACAGUUUUGUCUGAUAAGACUAACAAGGAAGUAGCCGAAAAGGUACAGAUCCUAACGGACAAGCUCAAUCAAGGAGAAUUUGGUGCUCUUAAUGAAAUCCGAAAUGUUCUGCUGAACCUAACAGCUCCUACUGAUCUGGUGAAGGAGCUCAAGGAGAAGAUGCAAGGUUCUGGAAUGCCCUGGCCUGGAGAUGAAGGUGAACAGCGUUGGGAACAAGCAUGGAUGGCAAUCAAAAAGGUGUGGGCCUCAAAAUGGAAUGAAAGAGCAUACUUCAGCACCCGGAAAGUGAAGCUUGAUCAUGCCAACCUUUGCAUGUCGGUUCUUGUGCAAGAAGUUGUGGGUGCAGACUACGCUUUCGUGAUACAUACUACCAACCCAUCAUCUGGAGAGUCUUCAGAAAUAUACGCUGAAGUUGUUAAAGGGCUUGGGGAGACCCUUGUGGGAGCCUAUCCUGGUCGUGCAAUGAGCUUCGUCUGCAAGAAGGAUAAUCUUGACUCUCCCAAGGUAUUGGGAUAUCCAAGCAAGCCAAUUGGCCUCUUCAUAAAGAAGUCGGUCAUCUUCCGUUCUGACUCAAAUGGUGAGGACUUGGAAGGCUAUGCUGGGGCUGGACUCUAUGACAGUGUGCCUAUGGACAAGGAAGAAGAAGUUGUUCUUGAUUACACAAAUGAUCCCCUCAUUACAGAUUGCAGUUUCCGUAAUUCAAUACUCUCAAACAUUGCACGUGCUGGUCAUGCUAUUGAGGAGCUCUAUGGGUCUCCACAGGAUAUUGAAGGAGUGGUGAGGGAUGGAAAGAUCUACGUUGUGCAGACACGGCCACAAAUGUGAUUUACUGUUUACAGAAGUACGGUAUAGAAUAUGCAUGACAGCCCGUGCAUCUUAUAGAGUUCCCCAAUUGUGCAAUGUACUAAAACAUGCACAUACAUUUUUGGUGUUGGUAUACGAUGGCAAGUUAGAGAAUAAUAAAAGGAGGGUGUGAUUUAUCCCCAAGCAUAUAGAACUACAGAGUAAUAAGAGUGCACUACGAAGAAACCUAUCCAUAUAAGAAGUUCCAAAGAUCUCUGACAGAAAAGAAUGCAGCCUGCAAAUGAAGAUUAGAAGUGCUAUUGCUUGAAAGAGAAGCACUGCUCUUGGGAUGACUGAGAUAAACAGGUCAAAUCUAUUUCUACUCAUUUGAGGCCAUUACAAGAAACAAAGGUAACUGAGUUGUAACAAGGUAAUUGGUAAUGGCUGGCAGUUAUUGGCUACUGCAGAUAAGUUCCACAAAGUCCUCUGAUUCCUCGACCGGUGGAUUAUGGUCCAUGGUCAUAGGGUUUCUGCUAGUAUGGUGGAGAUGCAACUGUGAGGCAGGUUUAAUGUAGAUGGCCUCAGGUUUUCUUUCUUUUUGUGUAAGUUGAUCGGUUUGAAUGCUUGUCAUUGUGUUUAAUAAUAAAUAAAAUGUUUGCAUCAAUUGAUGCAGAGACCGGGGGUUUAAUUCUCUUGGACACCUGUCCUUCUAAUUCUUCAACACCAGAGCUUCCCACCUAAAUGUUUUCACAUAAUUGCUUUAGUUCAGGUGAUAAUGUGCGCGAAUCAUCACCUCGACAUCCCAGGGUCGAGACAAAAUAUAUUUUACACUAAAAGUUUCUGAAUUCAAAAUUCGUUUGGAAGUUUCGAGAGAAAAAUACCGAAAUUUUAAGAUUUUCCGGAAACUGGUUCUCUUGUUCCCUCGCGAAAAAAAAGCAAAAUUGAGAAAAACAAAACUUGUUCAAACACGUGCCUAGAUCGAAGUCAUCCUUUUGCAUGGGAAAAAAACUCAAUAGAUCUCAACAGUAUCCCCGGAGAUUGGAUCGACUGCAGAAAUAGCCUUCAUCGCAAAGGCGACACCUUUCCCCCAACUUAUCUGCAACAUAGUGGAGAUGCAACCGUGAGGCAGGUCCAAUGUGGAUGGCCCCGGGUUUUUUUUUCUUUGUAAGUUGACCGGUUUGAAUGCUUGUCAUUGUUUUAAUAAUAAAUAAUAUGUGUGCAUCAAUCGAUGCAGAGACUGGGGGUUUUCCUCCUUUUUGGAAAAAAAAAAAAAACUCUUGGCUGUCUCUCCUUCUAAUUCUUCAUCACCACAGUUUCGCACCUAAAUGGCGUGCCUAGAUCGAAGUCAUCCUUUGCAUGAGUAAAAACCUCAAUCCUUCUCAACAGUAUCCCUGGAGAUUAGAUCGGCUGCAGAAAUGGCCUUCAUCAUCAGGGCGAGACAUUGUCCCCAACUCUUCGUCAUCGUCACCCAUGUUCUCUAAUAACCUAUUGUCGAAGCCCACUAACACGACUUCUCCUCAAUCCAAUAUGCCCCCAUCUGUGAUAUUCAGGUGGCUUCUCAUCAAGGGCAAUCUCAAUACCAAGGCUAAAUUGUACUGCAGAAACAUCUCUCAGUGCCACUUCUUGAAAAUUUGGAAUGCCCACAACGCCAAAGUGUUCAGGAAUGUGGAUUGCAUGGACUAUGUUGUCUGCACCCUAACCGCACUGUUUGGACUUGUAUGUUUAAAGAACGUAGUGACAAGACCGUCGCUAUGUCUUGGAAGCAAUACCUGUCCUCACAUGCUUAGUGAGAAGGUCACAUGCUUCAUGCUUGUGUGCCCCUAUACAACUUUCGCUCUGGUUAAUGUAUUCAGGUGGUCUGGUGCCUAUUUACCAAAUGCAUAAGCUUUUAGCAUGAAUCACAUGGAUAGACACAACAUUAGUCAUUACUGACUCAAAUUAAAUUCAACAGAUAUGAUCCAUUAUCAAUUAAAAAACACCAUAAAAUUGCGACAACAAUGACAACAGGAGACAUAGUGCUCUCACCUGAUUCCUGAAACAAGUGGACAGAAGAUGAGAGAGCAUCCUGGCAAGAAAACGUUCCUUUUCAUGACCCACCACUCAAGGUAAUUCCUUUCAGGGUGAGAAGACAAGGCAACUCCAUGUCUCACUCUGCACCUUCAUAGUGCCUGCAGUCUGCAGAUCAGCGGCAGACACUGUAUUAUGGUCAAGCGUAAAGUUCUUCUUGGUACACAUCAGAACUUAAGCCGCUAUACAUUUUCGGCACCUUGCCCAUGUAUUGUCGAAAGAAGUCCCUCGCUGGGGUCCUGUGAGCACCAUCAGAAGCAGGGAGCAUUACGUCGAACACCUUGCGGCCAUGGCGUCCACACGGGAGCCCGCAGGUGCCCCGACCGGUACACACGACGAGUGCCGACUACCGGAAAGCGUGAGCCGGAAAACACACAGCGCCGCACCGCCGCCCUCCCUCCUCCUCCGGUGCUCCCGGCCUCCCCGGCCGCCGCCGGUCUACUCUCCAGAAGUCUACUGCAGGCCCGGGCUGAUGGGGCGUCCAUUCUUUUCCUCCCUGUACCGGGCCUUCAGUUUGGCCCAGUAUCAAGGUAACGCGAGAACGAACCGAUGUCGGAUACAUUAGUACCACACCGCUUACGAACAGGGACCCGAACCGAUUUAUAAGCUGGUUUGUAGGCUUUGUGUUCACCGUUCAGCAUGGAUGGUGAGCUAUCUCAAAAACAAUGAACAAUCAAUAAUUGUGAUUUCAUCAUGGCUUUGCUCAUUCAAGGGUGAGCUUUUUUUUUCUAUGUCCGUCUAAAACUAACUUUUUUAUGUCCAGACUAAAAUGAUACAUUUGACUUUUUUCUUAAUUCAUUGCGGAUAGAAGUUUUUUUCCCCUGCUUUGAUUUCUUAUUUCACUAUUCUGGGGUAUCAGAAAGAAUAUAUCUUCUACUCCCUCCGUUUCUAAAUGUAAGUCUUUGGAGAAAUUCCACUAUGAACCACAUACGGAUGAAUAUAGAUGCACUUUAGUGUGUAGAUUCAUUCAUUUUGCUCCGUAUCUAGUCCAUGGUGGAAUCUUUACAAAGACUUAUAUUUAGGAACGGAGGGAGUAUAACACUAUGCUUCCUAUUUUUAAAGAGCACACAUUUAAUUGAGGUCUUCAAUUGAAAUUGAGUCAUUCAAUUUUGACUGAGACAAUAAUUUCUCAAAGCUGUCUCGUUCAAUUCUUUUAUACUAUACACUAUGCUUCCCAAUUUUAAGUCCAAAAAAACAA